UAUAUCUCUUCAUUCAUUCGGAAAUUCUUUCAUCCGUUUCAGAUGUUGCGCGAGCGGGUUUCCAACCGUCAGUGGACAAAAGACGAUGAUGUGGCUCAUUGUUCCAACUGCCAUGCGGAGUUCUCACUGACAAAUCGAAAGGUGAAUCGAAAUCGAUUGAUAUUCUUAAACCCAAUCUCUGUUUUUCUUAUUCAACAGCACCAUUGCCGUCAGUGUGGAGGUAUAUUCUGUCACACGUGUUCGUCUUAUCGGGCAUCGAUUGCGGCCAGCAAAGACCCGGUACGUGUCUGCGGCCCGUGUCAUGCGGAGCUGACAGGAAAAAGUGCUCACUGA